AUGCUUCUUAAACUCAAACAAGACAUUGAAUCUUUGUUAGAUAAUGUUCAAGCAUUCAAAAAGGAAUCUAGACCGAUCUAUCCAAAUUUGAAGGACUAACUAGAUGAAAAAGUUAAUCUCAUAAAACAACAAUUUAACAAUGUAGAUGAUAAGAUCAUGAAGAACUAUUGUACUAAGAUUCUAGAGCUCAAAUAAAUAAACAAAAUAAUGUAGGAUCUUAAGAUAACAUUGGACAUCUAAAUUAUUCCAGGACCCUCUAAUUUAAAGAAGAGUCAUAUGCUGAUUCAACAGGAAAGCAAAGAGACUGCGGCCAGUUUACAAAAGAAAAUACUUCUUAAACUUAAUUAACUUACAGAACUUAUAGAGAUAAAUGAAUUGGCAAACUACAAUGGAAAUGAGUUUGAAGGGAUUUGCAUUUUCAGAUUGCAUUAAAUUUAUCAUAAUGAAGUGGAAAAUCUGUAAUAAUAGUUUUAAUAAUUAAAAUCAUUUAAUAAUGAAAGAUUUAAUAGAUUAUAAUAAUCAUUCUCUGACAUCAUAAAUGAUUCCAAAUUUAUUAAAUUACAAGAAUAAAUUUCAUAAUAUUCAGAAAUUGCCAAUCUAUUGGAUGAUCUUCGAGACAAACUCUUUGAAAUAAUCAAAUCCAAGAAUGAUUCAAUAUCUAUCAUGGAUAGGACCAAAUCUUUGUAAAAUCUAUCCUCAGCAUCUUAAGAUUACGAAGAAGAUGAGCAUUAUGAAAUUAAGAGAGGAAAAUAUCAAAACCCAUUGAAAUAAGAGGAAAUCAAGAAUAAAAGAAAGGAGAGUUCAUCAGAAACCUGUAUAAAUUGUUUAAUCUUUUGA